AUGUCUCCAUUCACCCAGAGGAGGAGGAGGAGGAGCAGAAGCAGAAGCAGAAGCAAGAAGCAGAAGCAAGAAGCAGAAGCAAGAAGCAGAAGCAAGAAGCAGAAGCAGAAGCAGAAGCAGAAGCAGAAGCAGAAGCAGAAGCAGAAGCAGAAGCAGAAGCAGAAGCAGAAGCAGAAGCAGAAGCAGAAGCAAGAAGCCGAAGCAAAAGAAGAAAAGAGAAGAACAACAAGAAGAAGAAAAGAGGCUGACUUGUUGAAUCAUUCUCCUCAGUGA